UUGACGCUGUCAAAUCCAGUUCAGUUCGCUUUCUGAACUCGUGUUGUAGUGUGGUGUGUAGGUUUUUAGUAUUUUUUGUACCGUUUGACCUAAUAAAAUAGAAACUAUGGCAAAUCUUCGUCAAACACCAUUAACAUGUAGCGGCCACACAAGACCCGUAGUCCAUUUAGACUUCAGUGCGGUGACAAAAUACGGCUAUUUCCUAAUUUCGGCAUGCAAAGACGGAAAACCCAUGCUGCGGCAAGGCGACACCGGCGACUGGAUCGGCACUUUCGAGGGCCACAAGGGGGCGGUCUGGGGCGUAGCACUAAACAAGGACGCCACCAAAGCCGCCAGCGGGGCCGCCGACUUCACCGGAAAAGUCUGGGAUGCGAAUUCCGGCGAGGAGCUCCACUCCUUCCAGCAUAAACACAUAGUCAAAAGCGUCAACUUUUCCAAAGAUAGCAGCCUUCUGGCGACCGGAAGCAACGAGAAACUCGUUAGGAUAUUCGACUUGAAUAAACCUGAUGCCAAACCCGAGGAAUUCAACGGACACACUUCCGGAAUAAGGCACGUGUUGUUUUUCAGAAACGAUACUCAUUUGGUCUCGUGCGCCGACGAUAAGACUGUGAGGGUGUGGGAACGAUCCUCCGGAAAGGAGAUUCAAAAAAUCGAAUUUCCGUCGAUCCCAAACAGCCUAGAGGUAUCCAGAGACGGCAGCGUUUUAACCGUAACGCACUCCAACCACGUCACAUUCCUCGACUCCGAGUCUCUAACAAAAAUUAGAGAAUUCUCCGUUCCUACCACAGUAAACUCGGCCUCACUCCACCCGGACAAAACCAUCUUCGUAGCAGGAGGAGACGACCUGAAAGUGUACAAGUUUGACUACACCACUGGGAACGAAAUCGAAUCCUUCAAGGGCCACUUCGGGCCGGUCCACUGCGUGAAAUUUUCGCCGGACGGCGAAUUAUACGCUUCUGGAUCAGAAGACGGGACUUUGAGACUGUGGCAAACCACGAUCGGUAAAACGUACGGUCUGUGGAAGUGCGUCGAUGGACCACAAAUGAAUAACGACACGCUUUCGUCACCCAAAGAAGUUCCCGCUAUUUAAACAGUUUGGCGAAAUUUGUUAACUCUUCUUUCAUUUUCAAAUCCAAGUAAUCGUAGUUCUUUCACGAUGAGGUGAAGAGAAGACGAGAACUUCGUUUCUGUGACUCAACAAAGUGCUUUAUUUAUGUUACAUUGUUUUUCUUUGAAUAUUUAAUAAAACAUGAGGAACAA